GAGCUCCUACCGCCCUUCGCUCCCUCGCCGACAUCAUGCUCCAGUUCCUGCUUGGAUUUACUUUUGGCAACCUGGUUGGAAUGUAUCUGGCUCAGAAUUAUGACAUACCAAACCUGGCUAAAAAACUUGAAGACAUUAAAAAGGACUUGGAUGCCAAGAAGAAACCCCCUAGUCCAUGAUGUCAACUCCAGCACUGCCUCCAGGACCCUCGUAGACUGAGUCUGCUCUUCUUGAGGUCCUUCUUUACCAUCCAAACC